AUGGCGGUCGAUCCCUAUGAUUCGGCCUUGGACCUGCUCCGCCGCCUGGACCCGAAACACACGGCGAAGCACCUCGACUACAUCCUGCGGCUGAACCCGGAGCUGACAGAGGACCUGCUCUCGUCCGUCGACCAGCCGCUGAGCGUGCGCCGGUGCAAGCAGACGGGGCGCGACUACCUGCUGUGCGACUACAACCGCGACGGCGACUCGUACCGCUCGCCGUGGUCCAACCAGUUCGACCCGCCGCUGGACGAGGGCGGGCCCGGCGGCGUGGGCGCGGGCGGCGGCAACGAGGGCGCGGGCGAGGGCGCCAUCCCCGGCGAGCGCGUGCGCAAGAUGGAGGUCAAGGCCAACGAGGCCUUUGACAUCUACCGCGAGCUGUACUACGAGGGCGGCGUGUCGUCUGUCUACUUCUGGAACCUGGACGACGGCUUUGCUGGGGUGGUGCUGCUCAAGAAAUCCGCUCCCCAAGGUGGCAGCAGCACCGGCGUGUGGGACUCGAUCCACGUCUUCGAGGCGAGCGAGCGCGGCCGCACGACCAACUACCGGCUGACGUCGACAGUCAUCCUGUCGCUGUCGUCGUCCGGCUCCUCGCUGGGCGAGAUGGAUCUGAGCGGCAACAUGACGCGGCAGAUCGAGCAGGACCUCCCGGUGGAGAGCGACGAGAGCCACAUUGCCAACAUCGGGCGCCUCGUCGAGGACAUGGAGCUCAAGAUGCGCAACCUGCUGCAGGAGGUCUACUUCGGCAAGGCCAAGGACGUGGUCGGCGACCUCCGCAGCGUCGGCACCCUCAGCGAGGGCCGCAGGGACAGGGACACACACCGCGAGCUCAUUGGCAGCAUGAAGAGAUGA